AUGACCAAGAACGCAAAGGUCAUAUUCCCGGCUAAAGCCACAUCCGCAACCCAGACGACAUCAUGGGAAUGGUCAGCUCCAUACUUCGUUAAGCGAGCGCAGGAAGUUCAGGCCAGAUUAGAUCUCCAACGGCAGACUAUGAAUGAUCUUCAGGGCCAGUAUAAGAACCUCCAGAACCAGAAUAGGAACCUUCAGGACCAGAAGAAGGAUCAGAAGAAGAAUCACGAACGCGAGUUACACACGUGCACCGGAACGUUUAUUGUCGUUUUGCUCACCUUCGCCGCCUUCAUGAUAUGUGGUUUUCUGCCAUCUUCAUCGCCCGAACAUUGUUCAUCUGCGCUAGAAGCGAAAGCAGUACAGAUGACGGCCACGCCUACUACGGUCACAGUCACGCUGCCUAUCGCAAUCAACGCCGUGCCGACAAUCGAGGCCGCAUCAGCGAUCAAAGCUACCUCAUCAACCGAGGCGGCACAACCAACUAAGCCGUUCUGGAAAACCUUGACCCACGAGCAGAUAAUGUCUGUCAUCCGCGACUAUGAUAAGAUUCAAGGCCGAUAUCGAGACAACCAGAAGGCUUGGCAACGAGAACAAGAUACGAAGCGGAAGGCCAACAUGCAAAAAAUGAUCGCGCAGUGGGCGAAGAACAUGGCAGAGAAAAGACGACGCGAAGAGGAAGCCCAAGAACAGGCCCGGAAACAAUUGUGA